AUGAGCAACUUUUCGCAGGGACAGGAUUGGGACACAGCCGGUUGGAGCAGUCGUGCUCCCCCUCGUGGUGCAGCUAAGCAGCAGGUACUUAAUAAUGCGCGUCGCAGUGGGAACGUCGUGACUGAGACCAAGUACGGUGCCGGGACGAACAAAGGUGCGCACAGUGGUGCUAUUAUUAACGCACGUAAACUGGAAGAAGACACGGACAACUUUAAGCAUGAUGCAGUGGAUCGCAGUCUAUCACAGGCGCUUAUGAAGGCGCGUAUGGCCAAGAAGAUGAAUCAGAAGCAGCUGGGCACGCUUAUCAAUGAGAAACCACAGGUCAUUGCCGACUAUGAGUCUGGUCGUGCUAUUCCUAAUGGUCAGAUUAUCGCCAAGCUCAACCGUGCAUUGGGUGUGCAGUUGCCACGUGGCCCAAAGAAGAAGAAAACACCGGUCAACUAA